AUGCAUCCAGAUGCGUGGAUUAUUGGAGUAACUUUUGCAACUGUUGCCGAAAAAGAAAUAAUUGAUGCGAUUUGUGAAAAUCGAGCGUUAAUAAAAGUUUCAAUUAAUUUGCGAUUGCCUGAGGGUCGUCAUAAAAUCGAAAAUGCAAUGAUAAGGAAUGGAGAAAUAAAAAGGGUACUAAGAAGAGAGCAGAAGGCGGCAGCUGCAGCAAAAUUAGAAACAACACAAAUGGACGAAACAGUAGCAAAGCAUUCGAAUGAUAAGAUGAAGGCUCCCACUAAUGCACCAUCCACCAAAUUAUUGACAUAUGCUAAUGCGAAUUCUACAUUGCCAAAUGAUAGUAGCGCUCCACCAGCAACUAAGGCAAAAAAAGCGACUACUGAUAAAUCACCCAAAAGUCAUGUAGUUCCCAAAAAGAUGACAGCAUCAAAAACACUAGAUUCCAAUGAUGCUUCAAAGAUCACCACAAAAGAAACUAUAGCUACGAAAACUGAGGAAAAAAAAGGAGCCUGCGAGAAAAAAGAAAAGUUGACAACAAAAAUUAAAACGACAGAAAAAGAAAAAACUACAGCGGAUUCGAAACCAGUAUCAAAUCCAUAUGUCAAGCCAAAAUCAACUCUUCUAAAGGUCGCUAAUUUUGUAAAAUUACUAACAUUCACCUAA